AUGAACUUCGAGGAUGGGGUCUUCGAUGAUGAUCGCCUUCAUAGCGACGACAAAUUAUCCUCUGACGACAGAACCAAGUGCGGAAACAUUAUGGAAUCACCGACCAACAACUCUCUGUUGGCCACUCCCCGACAGGCGACUUCGCCAAUGCCAUUGUCAAGGUCUGAUGAGUGGACCUUCCAAGGCCGGCUAGACAACCUGUCUCCAGACGACGCAGAUGACAAAUUCUCUGGUCUGGAAGGGGCUGCCGAAAGGAGAGCACAAGCCGUCUACUAUGCUCCGGUCAGGCAGACCAGAAGUCGACAGCAGGAAUACACUCUCAGUUGA